AUGUAUCAAGGGUUUAUGAUUGCUAUCAUUUACUGCUUCACAAACAAGGAAGUGAGAAAUGUGCUAAAAACAUGUUACGGUAGAUAUAAACUGCAGCAUACCAGUACGGUAGAUUUGAGACGUGGUAGUCGAACAACUGUGCUGCGCAAUGGCAGCGCAUCAGGGCGAUCGCCAAAAAAGAACGGUAUACUCAGGAUACAAAAAUAUGCGAUCAAAAAUGGCCGUGAUACGAGUGUGGCUGCUCUAGUUGCUGUGAACCAGCCGGACGUGAAUUCGAAUAAGCUGGAUGACGGGAACAAUAUAGAUGUACUGCAGUCGCCAGAUAAUCAGAAAAGGCGUAGCGAUCGUGGCCCACUGAGGUGGAAAACAUUCGACAAAAGCCUUGAUGAUCCUGGUGGUGGUGACAGUGUAUCGCAUGUGAUUAGAGACAGUGGUCAGCCGCUCAUCGGAAAAAUUAAAUCCAUCUUGAGAUACGGCCCUUGA